UCUCUCUCUCUCUCUCUCUCUCUCUCGUGGAGACCCGCGGUCGUCACUCGAGCAGCAGCAGCAGCUGCCCUUCUUCCUCCUCCCCCGCUAGCCGGCCCGGCGUCUCCUCCCUCAGGUUCUUGGUUGUUGUCACUUGAGCUGUUUUAAAGUUGGAGUCGAUGAUGAAGAAGAAGGAUCCUUUGGUUUUUAUGGAUGUCUCCAUUGAUGGGGACCCUGCUGAAAGAAUGGUUUUUGAGCUUUUUCCUGAUGUUGCUCCAAAGACGGCAGAAAAUUUCCGAGCACUCUGUACUGGAGAGAAGGGAAUUGGCCCGAAGACGGGGAGGCCACUGCACCUUAAGGGGUCAUUUUUCCAUCGGAUCAUUAGAGGCUCCAUGGCUCAGGGUGGUGAUUUUCACAAAAGAGAUGGUACCAGUGGAGAAAGCAUUUAUGGGGAGAAGUUUCCAGAUGAGUCCCCUCGGUUGAAGCAUGAUGGACCUGGUCUUCUUUCUACGUUAGUUGCUGAUCGUGAUGCUUUAGGUUCUCAUUUCUUCAUUACCUUCAAGGCUGAUUAUCAUCUUGACAGGAAGUCUGUGGUCUUUGGGAAGCUUGUGCAAGGGCUUGAAGUAUUGAAAAGAAUUGAAGAUGCAGGUGAUGAUGAAGGCAGGCCCGCUGUUACUGUGAAAAUAAUUAAUUGUGGCGAAUUUUCGGAAGAUAAAAAGAAAGCGAAUAAGUUGAAAAUGGGCAAGGACACAGCUUCUGAGGCUAACAGUCAUGAACCACGGAGAAAGAGUAAACGCAAGAAAUCUUCCAGAGAUAGAAGGAAGAAAAGAAGAAGAUAUUCGUCUUCAUCGGAGAGUUCAACGGAUAUUGAUUCAGAGUCAUCUGAAACCGAGAGCGAGUCUGACUCAUAUGAUUCUUCAUCAUCUUAUGUUAGCUCCUCAAGCGAUGACAGGCGCAAAAGGAGGAAGAGAUCUUCCAAAAGGGACAAGUCUAAACGUGGUAAAAGAAGGGAUAAACGGCGUGAUAGAAAACGAAAGAGACGGGAUAAGAGAUCCAAACGUAGAUCCAGAAGGGCUUUGAAUGGUUCUUCAGACACUGAAAGUGCAACUGAGGGUGGAAGUAACCCUGAAGAUGACAGUCUGGAUGCUCUCGGGAAAGAUCGGAAAAAGAAAGAUCCUUCUCAAAAUUCUGAUUAUCCAGGUGGUGGUCUAUCUCCUGAGUCCAUUCAGAGAGAAGGUUCCGAUCAUCACAAAAAGAGGGACAGUGCAAACUUGCAUGGAAAUGAAGCAGAUGAAAAUCUAAAGGAGAAUGGAGAUCGGCGAAGUAAUGGUAUUGAAGAGGAUGCUCGCUCCAACGGGAGUCCAGACAGACGACCUGAUGUAGUUGAUGAUCAUCCAGGAAAAUCCAGGAGCAUGAGCCCUAGUAGUAUCAGUCCCCGCAGGAAUAUGAGCAAGAGCCCUGAGGCAAGUCCAAUGAGGGUUAUUAGCAGGAGUCCAAGUGUACCCAGUAGGAGCCCUAGCCCUCGUGGUGGGUCGGGCAGAAGCAGGAGUAUAAGUAGAAGCCCUGUUCAAAGUGGUAGCAGCAGGAGCCCAGCUAGGAGUAGCAGCCUGAGCCCGGCACGCAGUGUCAGCAGGAGCCCAGUCAGGGGCAGAAAUGUUAAAAGUGUCAGCAGAAGCCCUGUGAGAGCUCGUUCUCAUAGAAGCAUCAGCAGGAGUCCUGUAAGGUCCAUCUCUCGUAGGAGUCCAAGCCAGAGUCCUCCAAGAACAUCGAGAAAACUGAGAAAUAGUAGCCCCGUGAGAGCUUCAAGGAGCGCAAGCCGGAGUCCUGUCAAGUCUUCUCGAAGAAGCAUGAGUAGAAGCUCGGGGAGGGCUCCUUCAAGAAGAAGUGGUGGCAGGAGCCCUAUCAGAGCACCAAGUAGGAGUGACCGUCGCAGCUAUUCUCGUAGUCGUAGCCCCCCUUUGCGUCGUGCAGCUAGAUCUCCACCAUCUGUUCGUCGAAGGAGUUAUUCUCGAAGCGCUUCCCCUGAUGGUUCUCCCAAGCGCAUUAAAAGGGGGCGAGGUUUCAGUGAGCGGUACUCUUAUGCUCGUCGAUAUAGGACUCCAUCUCCUGAUCGUUCUCCAGUGAGGUCCUACCGUUACGGUGGCAGAGGUGACCGUGAUAGGUAUCCAAGCUACCGGAGGUACUCCCCAAGGCGUUACAGAAGUCCUCCUAGAGGAAGAACUCCUCCCAGAUACAGAAGCAGACGGAGUCCUUCUGUUUCACGUAGCCCUCGUUAUCGAAACCGUCGACGUAGUCCAAGUCAUAGCCCCAUUCGAGAUCGUUCCCCAGUCGAGGUGUCUAAAUCUCGUUCUUCCCCUCGCGAUGAAAGGCGGAAAUCGUCUUCUAGGAGUCCAAGCCGGUCAGCAUCAAGGUCUUCAAGGGAUUCACCUCCUCCUCCCAGGUGUGCAAGCAAAGACAGAUCCCAGUCAUCAUCCGGGAGCCCAGACGGAAAGGGUCUGGUAAAUUAUGAAGAUGGUUCUCCAGAUUCUAGUAGAAGAUGAACCUGUAAUAUGGGUGUGGUUAUGUUGUGGAGCUUUAACCGUUAUAUUAUAUCCAUGCGUGAGGAUCUUUAUUAAUGUAGUUUAUAGCCUAUUGAAUUUAGGCAGUGCCUUGUUGGAAUCGGUACUUGCAGACUGAAGUUUUGAACUGUAGUUCUCAGUUACAUUUUUGUGAAUUUUAAUGUUUGGUAUGGCAAAUAUUGCGAGGACAGUACAAGGGAUCUUGUCAGCCAGAUUGAUUCGUAGGGAUUUCAUUUGGACUAAGUAUGUACUCUUUAAAAUGUAA